UGUUGUGACACCAACAUGUUGGCUGGUGCAGACUGCUGCCUGGGGACCCAGCCCCCUUCAGUCAGUGGGUUCUGGGUCUGAAACCUGCCUCAGGCCUGGAAACUGGGCAAGGGGUCACAACAUUUCAUGGGGCCUCCUGGUCAUGAAUCCUUGAUUUCUCCUCCGCGGCCGCCUGUCCUGUGCUGCGAACACUGUGUUCUGGUAACCACAGCCUGGGGCAUCUGAGGCCUUCAGCCCCACCCCAACCUUGCUGCUCACGAGAGAACCAUGUCCACCUGGCCCCAAGAGGCAGCCUGGGCACCCCAGGCCCCUCAGCCACCGAACAGCGUCCAAAGCCAGGCUCCUGUGCGCCCACCCACCUACGGCAGCGGGGAAGGCUCUCCUGCAGAGCUCGGCAGACAGGCGCUCAGAGACCGCGUCGGGAAUGAAUGGACGAAGCGGGAACCGGUAGCUGACUACGUCCUCCGCUCACCCCUGAAGGCCGAGGGGGCUCGCAUCCGGCUCCAGGGCAGCGCCCCCGGAGGCCUACAGGCCACAGAGCAGCCACCGGGCCACCUCCCCCUAGCCUUGCCCUCGGAGGGGUCGUCCGUGGGCGCAGUGUCCUUGCUCGGGACCUGGGCGCGUGGCCCGCCGCCCCUGCCGUGGUGGUGGGUAAGGAGCGGGCCACCCUGCGAGACCGCGCCCGGCGAGGGCGGUCCCCUCGGGGCAGCUCAGCCCCUCGACACCCCCAAGAUGCGGAAGGCGCGCCCUGGCCCCCUCCCUGCGCCUGGCCCCCCAGGCCUCCCCAUCCCCCAGUCUCACGCUCCCAGCUCCCCAGGCCUCCCCAUCCCCCGGUACCCCGCUCCCAGCCCCCCAGACCUCCCUACCCGCGGUUUCCCGCCUCCCCUCCUCCCCUACUAG